GCCAACCGAUCUUAAUACUACUCUACUACUCCUACUAAAUUCAUAAACUUUAGCCAAAAUUUAAUUUUUUUCACAACUAAUGGGAAAUUGACUUCCUAAAUAUCAUCCUAGUUUUAUUAGUACUCCAUUAAAUCUCAUUUCGUUCCUGUUAUGCUUUAAUAGAAUGUCGGUUGCGCCUACUUUGAUUCGGCAGAAAAGGCUCGCACUUGUUGGACAAUGCUCCUUCCAAACCAACUCCGUGUCUCGCGCAGAAUCCCACGCUUCCUUCUGCAAUCCGGACGCCCAGCAGCUGCUCGACGAAUUGCCCCAACGCGACGUGAAAUCAGUGACAGCUUUGAUAGGCCAAUUUGCGAAACAAAAUCGACACGCAGAGGCCAUUGCUUGCUUUACAAAAAUGCACCUUUUCGACAUCAAACCCAACGAGUACACUCUCGCCACUGUCAUUCACUCCUCCGCUGUCCUCAAAGACCUCCGCCUCGCCAAACAGAUUCAAUCCUACGCCGUCAAAGCCGGAUUAUGCUCCAACGUCUUCCCAGGCAGCGCCAUUUUGGAUCUCUACGUCAAGUUGGGCAGUUUUGACGCCAUUCUCAGAGCUUUCGAGGAUAUAAAUCACCCAAACGUGUUCUCCUACGCCUCGCUGAUCCGUGGCUACACGAAACUAGGAAGAUUUGAUGAAGCCCGGGAUGUUUUCCGAUCGAUGCCCGAGAGGAAUGUGGUUUGUUGGAACACCAUGAUCAGCGGGUGCAGCCAAUCGGGGAGGAACGAGGAAGCUGUGAGUCUGUUCAAUGAGAUGUUGAGAGAGGGUGUUACGCCUAUUCAGUCUUCGUACCCUUGUGCCAUCAUCGCGGCUGCCAAUAUCGGGUCGUUAGGAUUAGGAAGGAGUAUCCAUGCCUCUGCAGUGAAGCACUUGGGCCAGCUUGGCUUGUUUAUUGCCAAUUCUUUGAUAAGUUUGUAUGCAAAAUGUGGGGAAAUGGAGGAUAGUCUGCUGGCCUUUAGGAAAACGCGCGAGAGGAAUGUGGUGUCGUGGAACGCGCUCAUCUGUGGCUACGCGCAGAAUGGGGAAGGGAACGGUGCGGUGGAUGUGUAUGACAGGAUGAGGCUCACGGGCUUAGAGCCUAACAGUGUGACUCUUCUUGGGUUGCUGCUGGCUUGUAAUCAUGCCGGCCUUGUUGAUGAGGGUUGUGAGUACUUUUACCAAGCGAAGCGUGAUGAUCCGAGGCUUCUGAGAGCGGAGCACUAUGCCUGCUUGAUGGAUUUGCUGUCGCGAGGUGGGAGGUUUGAGGAAGCAGAGAGGUUUCUUGGUGAGUUGCCCUUUGAGCCCGGGAUUGGGUUCUGGAAGGCGUUGCUUGGGGGGUGCCGGGUGCAUUCGAACUGGGAGUUGGGGGAGGUUGCAGCGAGGCGAAUCUUGGAGCUGGAUCCGGGUGAUGUGUCGUCGUAUGUGAUGCUGUCGAAUGCGCACUCUGCUGCGGGGAGGUGGGAGGAGGUGUCGGAGAUAAGGCGGAGGAUGCGAGAGAAAGGGUUGAGUAGGAUUGCUGGGAGUAGUUGGAUUGAGGUAAGAAGUGAGGUUCAUGUGUUUGUUACAUCAGAUAAAAGGCAUAGGGAUAAGGUUGAGAUUUAUGAGGCUUUGAGGUUGUUGAUUCAUCAUGUAAUGGAGAACCAGGAUACCCUCGUGGUCUUAACAGGAUUUUGAAUUUGUUUUUUUCUACUUA